CUAUCGAGUCGAAUUUUGCUCACUAAUAAACGAAGAAGAUAGUAAAAAUGGCGGAUAGGCUAACGCAGCUACAAGAUGCUGUCAAUUCGCUUGCAGAUCAGUUUUGUAACGCCAUCGGUGUCCUGCAACAGUGUGCUCCGCCUGCCUCGUUCAGUAACAUUCAGACGUCGAUCAACAACGAUCAGCCUGCAAACCAAACUGAAGAAUACGCUCAGCUGUUUGCAGCCCUCAUUGCCAGGACAGCUAAAGAUGUGGACGUGCUAAUUGAUUCUUUGCCGAGCGAGGAGUCCACGGCAGCUCUGCAGGCGGCCAGUCUGCGGCAACUGGAGGAGGAGAACCACGAGGCGGCGGCCCGUCUGAAAGAGGUGGUCACCCGGGGUGACAUGCUGCUGGAGAAGAUCCAGAGUGCCCUGGCGGACAUUGCACAAUCUCAGCUGCGCACCCGCAAUGGCGCCCCCAGCCAGACUUCGCCUGCUGAAUCCUGACCUGCCGUCUUUUUUCACAUCUAUUAUCUAUUAUCUACAUCUAGUAUUAUUUAUAACACUCAGCCGCGAGCCUCAAAACCCAUGCUGGAUCUGUCUGUCGGGUGAAAAAAAAAGAAGCCAUAUUUGAUCACUUCACACUGGUAGACUUGUUUACUUGGGUUGGAAAAAAAAUAGUCGGGCUGCAGUUCAGUUUUUGUAUGUUUUCUAUAUUGAUUUUGUAAAUAUUUAUGACCACGAACUGAUGCUAUGCUCUAAUGGCCAUUUUUGGUCAAUAAAGUUUGACUAAACAGUUGUUUAU